CGAGAAGUGACGUCACCUGGGCCGACCAUGUAGACACAUGUGUAUAUAGUGUUCCUGCUUGGUUUUGUUUUUCUGUAGCCAUAAACAUCGCGUUGGUUUAUAUAUAUAGAUUUAUCUGUAUUUAGUCUGAUAUUGUAAUAUCUAGACAUAACAGACAUGGCUGCUAGUUGUCGCAGACCCGAGCACAUGGCUCCUCCUGAGGUGUUCUACAAUGAGGAAGAGGCGAAGAAGUACUCUCAAAACUCUCGGAUGAUCGAGAUCCAGACGCAGAUGUCGGAGAGAGCGGUGGAGCUGCUGAGCUUGCCCGAAGAUCAGCCUUGUUAUUUGCUGGAUGUAGGCUGUGGCUCUGGACUCAGUGGAGAUUAUUUAUCAGAAGAAGGUCAUUACUGGGUUGGUGUGGACAUCAGCACUGCCAUGCUGAACGUUGCCUUGGACAGGGAAGUGGACGGAGAUCUCAUACUAGGAGACAUGGGACAAGGAAUGCCUUUCAGACCAGGGACUUUUGAUGGCUGUAUCAGUAUCUCCGCUCUGCAGUGGCUGUGUAAUGCGGAUAAGAAGACACACAGUCCUCCCAAGAGACUCUACAACUUCUUCAGCAUGCUCUACUCCUCUCUGACAAGAGGGGCCCGUGCCGUCUUCCAGCUUUAUCCGGAAAAUUCCGAGCAGCUGGAGCUGAUCACAGCCCAGGCCAUGAGGGCAGGCUUCACCGGAGGCAUGGUAGUCGACUACCCCAACAGCAGCAAAGCCAAAAAGUUCUUCCUCUGCCUGUUCGCCGGCGUGUCUGGAGUCUUGCCCAAGGGUUUGGGGACUGAGACCGUCGACAGAAAUGUUUCAAAUCAAGCGCAGUUCACAGGACAGAGGUCUCGCUUCAAAAACCUGAAAGGCAAAUCCCUGAAAAAGAGCAAGGACUGGAUCAAGGAGAAGAAGGAGAGGAGGCGGAGGCAGGGCAAGGAUGUGAGGGCAGAUACGAAAUACACAGGCCGCAAUAGGAGACCUCGAUUCUGAAGACUAUCCUGACCGAUGGUCCACCUCAGGCGCCGUCUUUUCCCAUUCAGAUGGAUUUUAUGGACUGUACACGAGACCAUUUGUAGACUUGAGCAGUGGGAAAUUAUUUUUCCCUGUAUGAUGAUAUAUGGCUAGUGAAAUAUGGAUAUAGAAAACACAACCAUGGCAAUAUGAUAUGGUUUUAGACAGUGAAAUAUUUUUCAUUUUGAAGGCAUGAAUUUCUUAUUAAAUAAAAGAAUGCCUCCCUUUUUUGUGUUAUGAUGUUGCCUGACCAUUAAAAGAAUUCUUAAUGAUUUA